AUGGACUCGGUGGCUGAUUACCCGACCAUCUUCUCGUCCUUCAACCAAGAUGAUUUUCCACAGCACGAGCCCCCGAUCCCUGAGCCUCAUCUUCUGCACCAUUCAUCUCGAGACAAUCACAUCAAUCAAAGCAGUGGUGAAUCGUUACCUGAAGACUCCUCUUGCGUGGCUUGGCCUUCUGGUAUAGGAGAGGCGGCGGGAUUAUCCUUUUCAGCAGUGCCUGCCAAAGUUGGAACCCGUUUUUCCACCAGGACACUGAGGAUCUUGAAAACCUGGUUUGCGACCCAUGAACACCACCCCUAUCCCAGAACGAGGGAUAUCGAGUCGUUACAGCACCAAACUGGGCUAAACGAGCUGCAGAUAACGACCUGGCUCGCGAAUGCUCGCCGGCGAACGAAAUCCAAGAUCCCUGUCCGACCAACAAGCCCCAGCGUCCUAUCGGCCUCUAACCUUAGAUCUAUGCAGAUCCCCCCUCCGCAACGUCCACCACCACUCGAACAACUGGACCUUCUGCGAAGGUGGGAGAAUUCCCCUCUAGAGGAAGAGGCUGCGGAUGCGACAGCUAUUCUGAAUGCCAUGUCUGGGUCUGCUGGCAUCUCGGAGCCACGGAAUGGCCUGACCGCUGCUGUGAGACCGCAGCCUUCGGUUUGGGGAGAAUGGUCAUCUGCCAGCAGCGCCGGGACAUCGAACUCAAACCACAGUUCUGGUGGAUCCGCGUACUCGCAAAGGUCGGCCUCCUCGCACCUACCUUCGCAUAACUUGGGCAGAUGGACGAAGCACAAGAGGCGACGGAAUCGGGCUGCUGUCAAUGCCGCCGCGACACGUACUAAACUCUCACAAUUGCCGCGGAAGUUCCAAUGCACCUUCUGCACCGAGACCUUCGCUCAAAAACAUGGUUGGCAACGGCACGAGAAAUCGUUGCACCUCUCUCUGGAACGUUGGGAGUGCUCGCCAGAGGGACCGUACACCCAAGACGACGCCGGGCACCUGACGUGCGCCUAUUGUGCUGAGUUUGAGCCUGACUUGGAUCACUUGGCGAUGCACAAUUACGAAGUGUGCAAGAAUCGGCCAUCUGAGGAGCGAUCCUUCUACCGCAAGGACCAUCUCAGACAACACCUGAAAGCGGUGCACCAUACUAAGUUUGAAAGCCCGACCAUGGGGCAUUGGAAGCAAACAAUAAAGGAUGUUACAUCAUCCUGUGGCUUCUGUGGCCUCGCUAUGUCCUCCUGGACCGAGCGAGUCGACCAUUUAGCCGACCACUUUAAGUCGGGCGCGACGAUGGCUGAGUGGCUUGGUGACUGGGGCUUUGACAUCAACGUGGUAGAGAUGGUCCAGAACUCAAUACCGCCUUAUCUCAUCGAUUUCGAGCGGAACUCACCGUGGCCGUUCACUACGAACAGAGGGCCACCAGCAACGCCUCCCAGUGCCUUUGAGCUCAUCAAGAUAGAGCUGGACUCACUCGCCUCUCUUCAUGAUGAAAACGCCAAUCCCCCCUCUCAGGAAGAUUUACAGUACGAAAGCUGUUGCAUUAUCUCUGGAUCCGAGAUGCUUUCACCAUCACAAGAUGUCUCGGGCAAGCCACCAUCCUGGCUCCGGGAGCUCCUCAUAUCAGACGAGGACAUCCUACGACGAGCACAAAACAGGCCCCUUGGGAGCAAUUUGAAAGCUCGAGUGACUGAGUUAAGAAUAAACGGGAAGGCGGACAUCUUUGACUCAUGUAAUCUGGAGGAAGACCUCCAGGCCUUUGUUCAGCUGUCCCAGUCUCAACGUCUGGGCUCGCAGAUCGAUGACACUGACCUGCAACGCGAGGCUUGUCAGAUCGUUGAAAAUUUGGAUGCGCAGUCAAAACAGUCAUCCGUCUUUUUUGUCACCUUCCUGACGAGUCUCAUCCACAGCUCUACGCAUUGGCUCGAAUCGUUUCGUCGGCGGGCUGGAUUAUCUGCAAUGGUAGCCAACCCUGGUUUCGGGACCUCAGAACUCGUCAUGACAACAUCGAGUACGCACAGGAGCCCUGAGUGCGCGAAGCCCUCCACUGGCAUUCUGGAGAACCCGUCAAUCUACACGCCUAAUGCAGCACUCGGUUCCGUCACUGAGCUUACCCCUGGAUAUGACUCCCCCUGCUAUCAGGGAGUCGAACAGAAAGAGCCAUUGACGAACUUGUCAGGCCCACAGCAAUUCAAUUUCUUGUCUACUGACACGUUCUACUGGGGCCUAAGGCGAGAACUUUCCAGGUUCGUCGCGAUGACCAUAUCUCCAAAGAACCCUCAGUGGCACAUCCCAACAGACGAAGAGCUACAAUGCCAGGCGCGGUGGAUCAUGUUUGACAGUGACGAUACGUGGGACCAGACUCCCGCCGACAAUGUGGAGUGGCUGCUGCAAUUCAAACGCGACAAUGGCCUCACAGCCGAAUGUGGCGAUCAUGCAGUUGAGAGUUGA